AUGGCACCUCCAGCUAAGAGACGGAAGCGCAAUGUCAUUGAAUCGUCUCCCCAUUCCUCUGAUAACGAGGACAAUGAAUCGAUUCAGGUGAACAAGUUCAAAAGUCGAUUGAGUAGUUUGGCACAUUCUCCUCCACCAAGAUCGAGCUCUUCCGAGCCUACCCCAAAGUCUAUGUCGCAAUCCAGUAAUUCCACGAGAUCUUCUUCUUUUUUGAAACCUCCAACAAAAGCGACCAUUCAUCCUCCCAAUGCUGCCUCGAUCCACUUACCAAAUCAUCGCAAGAAGUCCACUACAAAGAGUCCCAGUACAAGUCCAGAGAAACCAAGAAGUAGAAGAAAAGUUGAGGAGAAGCGGCAAAAUGCAGAUAUUAACACAUUGUUUGCAAGGCAAUCACAGAGGCAGCAGGCACAAACGGAAGGCGAGACGAUACCUAAACAAAGAAUCAAGGUUCUCAAUUCGAGAGAUAUUCGACAGGAGGCUGAUUUGCUAGAUGAUUUAAUAUCAGAUGAUGACGAUGUUGGAGAGAGUCGAGCGCAAGCAACUAGCAUUGUUGGACAAGCCGCCAAACGGGGAAUUGGAAAGAACGUAUUCACAAAUUCAGGUACAAACACACCCAGCGCUAGUCAAAGAUUUGUAAGACCGUCUCAGGGUUCUAUAAUAGAACGUGUGGCCGAGGAAGAGGAUAUACGACCUUGGGCUGAACGCUUUGGGCCAAAUAAUCUGGAAGAGCUUGGAGUUCACAAGAAGAAAGUAAUUGAUGUUCGAACCUGGCUUGAUAAUGUUAUCGGAGGACAGAUGAGACAGCGGUUAUUGAUCUUGAAGGGUGCUGCCGGAACCGGAAAGACGACGACAGUACAGCUGUUAGCUAAAGAUAUGGGGUGUGAUGUUCUAGAAUGGAGGAACCCUGUUGGAACAAUCGCUUCCUCAGACGGCUUUCAGUCAAUGGCUGCACAAUUUGAGGAGUUCAUGGGCCGGGGUGGAAAAUUUGGUCAACUAGAUUUAUUUUCCGACGAUCUUGGAGAUACUCCAGCAAAAGCAGAAGUAAAACCGUUGGAUCGAAGGAAGCAAAUUAUACUAGUCGAAGAAUUUCCAAACACUUUCACACGUUCUUCGAGUGCCUUGCAAUCAUUUCGAUCUGCGAUACUUCGAUACCUUGCCUCUAAUACUCCUCCUCUCUCAAUGCCAUACAAUCCUAAAGUUAAAAGUGAUCCUAUCACUCCUGUGGUAAUGAUUGUAUCAGAAACAUUGCUUACAACAACGUCGGCGUCUGCAGACAGCUUCACUGCUCAUCGUCUUCUUGGGCCAGAGAUUCUUCAGCAUCCGGGAGUAGGAGUGAUAGAAUUCAAUGCUAUUGCCCCGACCAUAUUAGCAAAAGCUCUCGAGACGGUGGUACAAAAAGAGUCGAGAAAAUCAGGCAGGAAAAAGACACCAGGACCUCAGGUAUUGAAAAAGCUUGGCGAGGUGGGCGAUAUCAGAAGUGCAAUUGGCUCUCUGGAGUUUAUGUGUUUAAGAGGAGAUGUCGAUGACUGGGGAGGUAAAGUUGUUUUUGGCAAGGGAAAGAAAACAAGCAAAGAUACAUCUUUGACAAAAAUGGAAGAAGAGUCGUUGGAACUGAUCACGCGCCGAGAAGCUAGCUUGGGAAUCUUCCACGCCGUCGGAAAAGUUGUUUACAACAAGCGCGAAGGAAAGGUAUCAGACGAUGUGGAAUCUUUGCCACACUUCAUAUCCCAUCACUCUCGCCCCAAGAAAUCUGAAGUAGGCAUAAACGAGCUUAUCGACGAGACUGGCACCGACACACCAACCUUCAUUGCUGCCCUUCAUGAGAAUUACAUCCUUUCAUGCGAAGCACCACCUUCUUCCUUCGAAUUCUCAUCACUCGAUCAUGUAAAUGGUUGCAUCGAUGCCCUCUCUGAUAGUGACCUCCUCUGUCCCUCUUGGGACGGUUCUCUCCAAUCUUCCGGCUUCGGUGGCGGCAUUACAGGAACUGGAGGCGACAUUCUCCGCCAAGACGAAAUGUCUUUUCAAAUUGCUGUCCGCGGUAUUCUCUUCUCACUCCCUCACCCCGUAUCCCGAAAAGCACCCGCUGCAGCCGGAUUCAGAACUGGCAAAACAGGCGAUGCACAUAAAAUGUUCUAUCCCACCAGUCUCAAACUCUGGCGCAUGAAAGAGGAAAUGGAAAGCACAUUAGAUCUCUGGGUUACACGGUUGAUGAAAGGAGAAAUUGAUCCUACGAAUACGCAUUCGUCAAGUAUUACAUCUGGCGCCGCAGCAUUCGCUCGUCCAAAAGCUGGUACAGUCGAAAGCUGGAAAAUCAAAAACGCCGCUCCACUGCCCUCACAAUCAAAAUCAAAAUCCAAGCCCAACACCCCAAAAGAAGAAGACAACCAACCGCUCCUCACCCUCGGCGUCUCCGCUCGUACAGAAAUGCUCCUCGAGCGCCUCCCCUACAUGAUCCAAAUCACCAAAUCCAGAUCCUCCCCCCACCAAUCCCGCAACCCAUUCUCCUCCUCCACUUCCCCCAUCACAAACUUCCAAACCAACCCCCUUCUCGCCUCCCUCUCCAAAAUAACAACCUUCACCGGCAUCGGUCCCGCGCAAACCUCCGAUGAUCCCGCCUCCCUUUCCGACGACGAAUCUCCCGACCCCAAUUCUGAAAAUUGGGCCACCGAUAAACCAAAUGGUGAUGGUAUGGGUACACCUCGGAAGAAGAAGCGAGGUGGAAAUAUGGGGGUUGUGAUGAAGAAAGGAAUUGGUAGUCAGAGAGCAAUGCCUGUGCAGCAAUUGGAGCAGAAAUUUGUUUUGAGCGAUGAUGAUAUUGAGGAUGAUUGA